GGCGGCUUUGGGAUUUGGCGGUUACUUUGUCUCGCUGCAGACGGAGCUGCAGGUCUUGUCUUCCCUAAUCUAUGUCCUCUGCUCCUAGAAGCCCAGCGUCUGUGUCCCUGUGACCUGCAAGUAUUGGGAGAUCCCCAGCUAAGACGCCAGGUCCCCCCUGGAAGCCUAGAAAUGGGACCACUGACAUUUAGGGAUGUGACUGUAGAAUUCUCUCUGGAGGAGUGGGAAUGCCUGGACACUGUUCAGCAGGAUUUAUAUUGGGAUGUGAUGUUAGAGAACUACAGAAACCUGAUCUUCCUGGGUAUUGCUGUCUCUAAGCCAGACCUGAUCACCCGUCUGGAGCAAGGAAAAGAGCCCUGGAAUAUGAAGAGACAUGAGAUGGUGGCCAAAACCCCAGUUAUGUGUUCUCAUAUUGCUGAAGACCUUUGGCCAGAGCAAAACAUAAAAGAUUUUUUCCAAAAAGUCACACUGAGGAGAUAUGAUAAAUGUGGACAUGAUAAUUUACAAUUAAGAUUAGGCUGUAGAAGUGUGGAUGAGUGUAAGGUGUGCGAAGGAGAUCAUAAUAGACUUAACCAAUAUCUGACAACAACCCAGAGGAAAAUAUAUCAAUGUGAUGAAUAUGAGAAAGUCUUUUAUAAAUUUUCAAAUGUAGAUAGACAUAAGAUAAGACAUACUGAAAAGAAAACUUGCAAAUGUAAGGAAUGUGGUAAAUCAUUUUGCAUGCUUUCACAAGUAACUCAACAUAAGAGAAUUCAUACUAGAGGGAAUUCCCACAAAUGUGAAGAAUGUGGCAAAGCCUUUAGCAAGUCCUCAGCCCUUGCUCGACAUAAGAUCAUUCAUACUGGAGAGAAACCCCACAAAUGCGAAGAGUGUGGCAAAGCCUUUAAUAGAUUUUCACACCUUACUCGACAUAAGAUAAUUCAUACUGGAGAGAAACCCUACAAAUGUGAAGAAUGUGGCAAAGCCUUUAACCGGUCUUCACACCUUACUGAACAUAAGAAGAGAAUUCAUACUAGAAAGAAGCCCUACAAAUGUGAUGAAUGUUGCAAAGCCUUUAACUGGUCUUCAGCUCUUACUACCCUUACUCAACAUAAGAUAAUUCAUACUAGAGAGAAACCCUACAAAUGUGAAGAGUGUGGCCAAACCUUUAACCGGUCCUCAGCCCUUACUGGACAUAAGAUGAGUCAUACUGGAGAGAAACCCUACAAACAUGAAGAGUGUGGAAAAGCUUUUAAGCGGUCUUCAUACCUUAUUCGACAUAAGAUGAUUCAUAAUGGAGAGAAAUCCUACACAUGUAAACAGUGUGGCAAAACUUUUAACCAGUCUUCAUACCUUAUUCCGCAUAAGAUAAUUCAUAUUAGAGAGAAACCCUACAAGUGUGAUGAGUGUGGCAAAACCUUUAACCGGUCUUCACUCCUUACUCAACAUACGAUAAUUCAUACUGGAGAGAAACCCUACAAAUGUGAAGAAUGUGGUAAACGUUUUAAUCGUUUAUCAAACUUUACUGUACAUAAGAGAAUUCAUGCUCGAGAACCCCAAUGAAGUGAAGAAUGUGGCAAAGCUUGUAACCAUUCCUCAAUCCUUACUAAACAUAAGGGAAUUCAUAGUAGAGAAACCGUACAAAUAUGAAGAAUGUGGCCUGGAUUUAACAAAUCCUCAACAAUUACUAAGCACAAAAGAAUUCAUGAGAACUUAUGUGGAAGAUAAAGCCUAGAAAUAAGAAGAAUGUGACAAAGCCUUUGCAAGUUCUCAACACAUAAUUUAUACUGGAAAGAAAUCCUAAAGUAUGAAGAAUGUCACAAAGCCCUUAACAAGUCCUCAAUUAUUAACACAUAUAAGAUGUUUCAUACUGGAGCAAAACUCUGCAAUCCUGAAUGUCACAGUGCUUUUAACAACACCUCAAACUUUUCUAAACAUUAAAAAAAGAAAAAAGAUUAUACUAUUGCAAAACUCUAGAAAUACAAAGAAUGUGAAAAAGUUUUUAAGUGGUUUUCACACUUGACUGCAGGUAAAAUAAUUUAUACUGGAGAAAACUGCAAGUAUGAAGAAUAUAACUUUUAACCAGUGUUCACAACUUAUUGCACAGGAAAGCAUUUAUAGCUGAGAAAUGGUGUACAAAUAUAAAGAAUGUGGGAAAGUCAUUAAUAUCUGCUCACAUAUUGCACAACAUCAGAGUUCAUACUUAAUAUUAUAAAUACAAUUACUAUCAAAUGAUCUUUCAGAAAUAUAAGUCUUUAAAGUGAAGAGUUUAUUCUGAAGACAAACAUUACACAUAUAAAGAGGGUUGUAGUACUUGUAUCACAGAUUUUAUUGUACACAUUUUUAUUUUUUUAUUUUAUUAUUAAGACAGUCUCGCUCUGUCACCCAGGCUAGAGUGUGGUGGCGUGAUCUCAGCUCACUGCAAACUGCAAGAUCCGCCUCCCAGGUUCACAAGAUUCUCCUGCCUCAGCCUGGCGAGUGGCUGGGACUAGUGGUGCCACGCCCACCCACCCGCCACCACCCCCAGCUAAUUUUUUGUAUUUUUAGUAGAAAUGGGGUUUCACCGUGUUAGCCAGGAUGGUCUCAAUCUCCUGACCUCGUGAUCCACCCGCCUUAGCCUCCCAAAGUGCUGGGAUUACAUGCGUGAGCCAUGUAAUCCCAGCCCGCUUAUUGUACACAUUUUCUACUAGAGAAUAACCGUGAAGCAGUUGCUGAAACUUUGUUCAUUAGGGAAUUUAUAUCGGAGAAAAAUUCAGCAAAUGUAAUCAGUUUGGGAAAACAUUUUUUCAAUAACUAUAGCAUAGAAAAUGCCAGAGAGCUCAUACUAAAACAUUCUUUUGCAGAUGAAAUAAAUAUGAAGAAAUAUUUAAUUCAAAUUGAGUUUAUAUAAUUAUCAGAGAAUUAACAGUAGAAAUAGCUAAGGCACUGACACUUCAGACAUUACACUAAAUUAGACUGCUGUGUGUAGGAAAUCCAAAACUACAGUUCGUAAGUAAAUUAAUUUUAUAUAACUUUAAAAUGAGUAGACAUUUCUUUGAAAAGUCAUAAUUACAUUCAAGUAUACUUUUUUGGUAAGUUAUAAAACUUUCUAAAAGUAAAUAAUGAUGUAAGUUAACUCUGAAAUUACUUCGUGCUAUUUCUUCAUUUCUAUUGCAUUCACCUGUGAAAGCAUAUCAACUAUUGCUGCAUAAGAGAUAUGAGGGAUACUUUAUUAGGUGGGAAUUAUACACGACCUCUUCUCUAAAAGAGUAAGGACAUUGAAAUGUAAGAGGCAAGAUAAGUAUCUAAGUGAAGAGGCUCUUUGUGGUUAACUUAGUGGUUUAUGAGGUAGUUGUUCAGAGUAAUAUUCUUUCAUGUUACGAGAGAAAAACAUUUUUUAGUUAAAUAUAAGUUAAAGUAGUACCAUAUAAUGUUACUGAUUGUACUUUUAUUUAAUAAAAUGCAGUACAUUUAAAAACUCUUAGAUUAUGUGUGGACUUAAUUUUUAAUUAGGUAUUUUCUUUUACUAUAUUAAGACUAUUGUACAUUCUGGCUGGGCACAGUGGCUCACUCACGCCUGUAAUCCCAACACUUUGGGAGGCUGAGACAUG